GUUGAAUGCUUCGUACUAGCAUUUUUACGUUGCGGGUUUCGCUCAUCAAUUGGCAAUUUCUAAUGCGGGGAAAUUUUACAUGUCGAUCCUCGCCUCCAAAAUAAUUUUCCAGACGACUUUGACCGCCUGCGCUUCAUAUCUCGAUAAAUCCUCCACGCUGAGGUGUAAUCUGCACUGAUCAGAGGAUGCUUAGAGACUGCGUCCGGUAGCACUCAUAGUCAUGGCUCCUAUAUCACCCGGACCGGCAGGUCGGCUGCUGCGCAAAGCGAAGAAACCUACCGAGACGACGAACUUGCACCGAUACGAAUCGUUCACGAGACGGAUAUCCAGGUUGAAAAUCGACCCUGUCCACACUGUGGAGAGGAGGAAACCCUCGAACGACGAGGGAGACUUGACGCAGAGUUACUUCCGUACAGCACUUGAAGAAUGGGCAGAAUUGAACCUGUCGCAAACAUUCACGAGUUUCCUCAACAAGGCGAGCCCUCUCAGCGAGAAUAUUCCGCAAUUGUUGCACCAUGCCGAUAAAAUCUUCGACCUCCUCAUACAGCACAUCGAAAAGAAGGAUGCGUUGGCCCUUGAGCCCCUUCUCAGCCUUGUUGCACACCUCGCACAUGAUCUAGGCUCAAGAUUUGAAAAAUAUUUCCCAAAGACGGUCACUUUAGUCGCACAGGUGGCUGCCUCACACGAUAGUGCCGAAGUGAUUGAAUGGUGUUUCACCUGCUUGGCCUGGAUAUUCAAGUAUCUUUCGAGACUCCUUGUACAAGAUCUGCGGCCUCUACUGGACAUCAUGACGCCAUAUCUGGCUUCGAAGAAGGAAUACAUUGUACGAUUCAGCGCGGAGUCGCUCGCAUUCUUGCUUAGAAAAGCGGCGAUGAUGUAUCAAAAGAAGAAGUCUCCGUUGACGCUGGCGCUCAAGCACCUCGUGGAAGGGCAGAUUCCAAUUCACGAAUCACCAGCAGCAAUGCAUUCGUACCAGGUUGGAGCCAUGAGUCUGUGUGUUGAAAGUGCCAGAGGUCUUGAGGGCAGUCUACAUUCAAGUGCAGACUCUCUGGUACGAUGCCUCUUGGACGUUGUUGUACCCAUAUGUGAACAGCAGAUGGCCCAAUCAAGCGUUGAAGGAGUCCUCAUCGCACUCAUUCAUGAAACCAACAGUGUUGGUUUCCAACCAGUUAUCGAUGUCGUCCUAGACACUGUGCGUCAAUGCACGACAUCACAUGAACAGAGCCGAUUGAGCUUCGCUCUGCGGCUACUCAAUGUGGUAUUGGGAACUCGAAAAGGCUCCAGGAUCACUGACUGGACUGUUGUGAUACAAACCUACCUUGACGUUGCCCAGGUAUUUCGGGCGAGACCAGAAAUCCGGAGCCAGGUCAGAGAGGAGUUGGUAUCAAUAUCAGCCCUGACACUAGGGCAUGCGCCAAUGGACCAACUACUUCCGUAUGUGCAGAAAACGUUGAAACUUGCAACGGAGCAAUUUCCAGCGUCCGACUUUUUCGCCUUCUGCACUAUCUGUGCCGAACUCGACAACCAGAGGUUCGUCGACCUUGUGCUACCAACACUUCAGCAAUACAUCGUCAGCCAUUGGUCUGACGACGAAGUGAGCACGCAAUAUUUACUCGAAAAGUUUCAAAGAGAUGGCAUUGUCUCAAAUCGUGGCGGAGCCUUUAGGCCCCUUGACUGCCCGGCGGACAUGCAAAGAUUCCUUGCACAUGAACUAGCCGCGCAGAACGCAGAUGAUUUCAAAUUGCCCCUGGCACAAUUCGCUGGACGGUUACAUCUUCCACACAAUGCACGAUUUUCGCGAGAGUCGGAGCAUAUCGCGAAGCUCCUGCCUAUCUACCACGAGAUGAUUGUAAAUGCUCUUGAAGAGACAGCCACCGAACCGGACCUUCGAAGGCGUGCAAUCCUUGGUUGGGGCUUCGAGACAUAUCUCGACACUAUAGCAGAUGACCAGCUGAAGCUCGCCAACCUGCCUCAAUAUGUCCUGAACACUUCGCCAGCUCAUUUCCGCCUCUCAACUUUCCUGAGCAUGAGUAAUCGUCUCUUUGAGAGGGUAAGCAUGGAACCAGCUGCGGAAGAGAGGAAAAUGGACACUGUCCGUUACGCGCUGAUCCAGAAUAUGCUCAGCACAUCGGUUUCGUUGAAGAAGCAAUCUUUGAAGUUGCUGUCUCGGCUGGAAGUUCCAGGAACGGGAAGCUGGCUCUCCGAAACAGUUGAGCUAAUGCUUGAGAUUCUCGACGCACCUUAUACCCCAUCAGAAGCUCGAAAGAUUGCGAUGCUCCUCCGCCGGCUUCCGCAACGGCAGACAAAACUUGUUUCAGAUUCGGUGUUUGAGAACCUCUUACCAUUCUUUUGUCUCGGUCUGCUGUCUCAUUACCAUGAUCGGACCAGACAAGAGGUCUGCCAGAUUAUCGCACAAAUGGUGGAGGCAACGUCGGUCGAGGAGUCUGUGGUCAAUACCGCGAUCCAAUGGCUUCAAGCACCCUGUCCACUUCCUGAAGCACGCCACGAUGCCGAUGACCAACCAAGAGCAACUGCAUCGGCAUUUUCAUGCACAAAUCUUUCAAAAGUAGAUUUGUUGUGCGAGGCCACCUUGCAGGACUUUGACCACUCAGACAAAGGUCUGCUAAAGAUUGUCCAAGAUGAUCAUAUUUUGGAAAACACAAGGACUCCUGAAAAUGGUCGGUCUUUGGCCCUUCAGGUUUUGUCAUCUAUAUCAGCAUCGGCCGAGCGUCGUUCUCGCCUUCUUGUACCUAUUUUCCUGUCUGCCCCAAUGACUCGUUCGCAAGUGCAACAAAAGGCGAGUUCCGAUACCUCGGCUUCUUCAAAUACAUUAAGCCCAGACAUCGACGAUACCGAGUGGUCACUUUCAGACCGCAAAGCUUUUCUGACCCUCUUCAGCAAGUUCGUCAACCCCAGGGUUCUCUACAGGUCUCCUGAUGUCCAUACGAAGCUGGUCGGCCUCCUGAGCAAUGGCAAUCUUGAUGUAAGGAAGUUAGCACUUCAAGCGGUGCUUACUUGGAAAGAGCCAGCUCUGAUCAGACAUGAGUCCACGCUUCAUCAAGUUGCUGAGGAUAAGUCAUCAACGACAGACCUGCGAGCACUCUUUAGCGCAGAAGAUGAUGAAAGCACGAUCAAGUUGGAGGAUCGCGGCGCGGUCCUUCCAAUUCUGUUGAGACUGGUCUUUGGUUUGAUCGUUGGCAGGGCCGGCACGUCAGGUUCACAAGACGCAAGACGAAAAGCGAUUAUACGAACUCUGUUCAACAUGAAAGAGGAAGAGAUCGCCAUCUUCCUGGAUGUUGCACUCGGUACACUGAGGGAUGUAAAGAGUGGGAAAGAUGACCUCGAGCUGUUGUCUCAAGCCAUUGUGAUUGCAGAAGAUCAACAGUAUGGGUUUCUCCGUCUCCUGUUGUCGAUACUGGAGACUUUACAGAGUCGAUUUGCGCCAUACGGUGAGCAGGUCGUUUCAGCUGUCAUCUACUGUGUCACUCGGGCAUCCCAGCAGAGUGCUUCGCUUGCAUCUACCUCGUCUUCGGGUCUAGCCCGCAACAUCAGACGAGUCGGCUUUCAAUGUCUUGUGCUGUUAUCCCAAAACUGUCCGGGUAUUAAGUGGUCAUGGUACUUACCGACUCUUUUCACCGAAGCUAUCAGUCCUCGCCUCGAGAUCUUCACAUCGGAAACAAACCAAGGUAUCUCUGGUUUGAUGAGGUUGUUCUCGUCCUGGACCAGGUCCAAUGAGACUAUCGGUUUCUUCCAGGACUACGAUGAAAGAGUGACGGAUGUGCUGUGGCAAUCUUUGUCGACACAGUCAGCACAAAAGGAAGUCAAAGCUUUCGUCCUCGACGAGAUUGUACAACCCUGGUUGGGUCUCGCCGAGGAUGAAUCCGUCAGCCCAAACAGAGGCCGUGAGCUUUUUGAAGCCAAAUCGGAUGGUCUUCUGGAUGCUUUGGUAUUGCUGCUAGACCCGACACCGCCUAAGGAGAUUCUCAGCGCCAUCACAGCCAUCCUUCCUAGAAUCGCACCCUUUGCAAAAUCGUCGAGAUCGAAACAAGCUACGAUUCGUCUGUUAACAAGCCUCUUGCGUGACACUUCCCACAGAAUACCGCCGAACAUCAAGAGUCAACUCCUUCUGUCCAUCCAUUCUUUUCUCGACGCGACUGAUGAGCUGGGAGACAACGAAACACAAUCGCAACUUCUUGGGACUGUUUCAUCUUUAUUCGAUUACUUCAAGGAUGAGUCCAACCGCCAAGUCUUGUGCCGAGUUUUGGCAAGCCUGUCGAACUUCGACGCAGCCUUGAUACCUGCAGCUCGUAUAUGUCACGACCUGCACGCUGUUUCGACAGAACGUCUUGAGGAAAUCGAUUACGAUAAACGAUUGGGAGCCUUUCAGACCCUUAGCUCAACGGAAGUUGACAACAGCAGUGAAAAGACAUGGAGGCCGGUCGUGUACAGCUUGUUAUUCUUCGUACGGACGAGCGAGGACUUUUCCAUCAGGUCAAAUGCCCUAAGCUGUCUGAAAGACUUCAUCGUCAAGGCUUGCGAAGCACAGAACCCUGACACAAAGGCCUUGGUGAAGGAUGUUGUUCUCGCAUCUGUGAAGAGGGGAUUCCGAGCCGAGUCUGAGCUUGUGAGAGCAGACUUUGUUUCGGUCUAUGGCCUCCUCGUCCAGCAUGUCCGCGAUGAUCCAGACUUGGAGAACUUAAGUGUCCUCCUAGUAGGUAAUGACGAAGAAGCAUCGUUCUUCUCCAAUGUCCUGCACAUCCAGCAGCACCGUCGCCUACGAGCGAUACGUCGACUCGUUUCUGAGGUCGAAAAAGGGAUCAUUAGUGCGCAGAACAUUUCAGAACUGUUCAUACCUCUCCUUGAAAUGUUUGUCUAUGACGUUGGCAACGAUGAGACCGGAGGCACCAAGGGCCAGAGCAUUCUUGCGAUGGGAACCCUCGUCCAAUGGAUUGCUUGGAAACAUUUCAAAGCCUUGUUCCGCAAGUACAAGAACGACAUUGACUCUGCCAACGGUGACCAGAAACCGACUAGCAGACUCCUCGGUCAUGCAGCAGAUGCUUUGAUGUCAGCUGGAAGCUAUCAGCCGGACAACGCUGAACAAAAGCCCAUGCCACAUCUUGCAAAGUCGCUUCCAGACAGCAAGACAAUUCAGAACGAGCUACGGACGCAGUUCAUCCCCAAACUUGCAGAGCUAGUACACUACAAGGAUGAGACCGAGAUCAGCUUUCGAAUACCAAUUGCGGUAACGGUCAUCAAACUGAUCACCAUGUUACCACAAGAAGAGGCCCAGAUUGCUGCGGCACCUGUCAUUCUGGAUAUUGCACAGAUACUGAGGAGUCGUACGCAGGAAGCACGCGAUGUUGCCCGCAACGCCCUGUGCCAGAUCGUAUUGCUGCUUGGGCCCUCGAGUUUACAAUUCGUACUCAAAGAGCUGCGCACUGCGUUGACACGAGGCUACCAGCUGCAUGUUCUAUCGUUUGUGAUGCAUGCAAUCCUUGUUUGUAUCACUCCAAGCACUAAGCUUGGCGAACUGGAUUAUUGUGUUGACGACCUUGUCGCGGUGGUCAUGGACGACAUCUUUGGUGCAGUCGGCCAAGAAAAGAAUAACGAGGACUACAUCAGUAGCAUGAAGGAGGUCAAGAGCAGCAAAAGCUAUGAUUCAAUGGAGUUGUUGGCCAAGACCAUCAGCACGCAGGCGCUUUCGAGGCUCGUCGUGCCAAUCCAGACACUGUUGGUUGGCUCGAUGACCACAAAGCAAGUUCGCCAGGUCGACGAACUUCUCCGUCGGCUCGGUUUGGGUUUGUCACAAAAUCCCGGUGCAAGCAAGCGUGAUCUGCUCGUGUUUGCCUACCAGCUGAUUCAGGCCAUCUACAAGGAGAAAGAUUUCAAGGCAGAGCCACGGCGUGCGACCCUUGACGAGAAGAGCCGUCAACGAUAUCUCAUCCAGCUGUCGACGGCGAACAAGGCGACAACUAGUCAGACAUCGCAUCUGUUGAAUAAACUCGUCCGAUUCGCUCUGGAUUUGGUGAGAUCUGUCAUUCAGAAGCACGACGAAGCUCUCACCGUGGAGAACAUCCAUGGUUUUCUUCCUGUCGUUGGUGAUGCUUUGGUCGAAGCGCAAGAAGACGUAAAGAUUUCUGCGCUGCGUCUGUUGUCGGCAAUUGUCAAACUACCUAUGCCGGAACUCGACGAAAACGGUCCACUGUACGUGAUGGAGGCUGUCAAGGUGGUCAAGAAUUGUACAAAUACCAACGAGGAGGCUGCCCAAGCUGCGCUAAAGUUCGUAUCUGCGCUACUCCGUGAGCGCAAGAGCGUCAAAGUCAAAGACUCGGACAUUGCGGACCUCCUGCACAGACUCACACCAGAUAUUGAAGAGCCGGACAGACAGGGAGUUACUUUCAACUUCGUUCGAGCUGUCAUGGCGCGGAAGAUCCAGUUGCCAGAAAUUUAUGAACUGGUCGACAAAGUGGGCAUCAUGAUGGUUACCAACCAAAACAAAGGAGCACGCGACAUUGCUCGUGGUGUCUACGUGCAUUUCUUGCUCGAGUACCCGCAAAGUCCAAGCAGGUGGUCGAAGCAGCAGAAAUUCCUGUUGAAGAAUCUGGAUUACGAGUAUCCCGAAGGAAGACAGUCUGUCAUGGAGGCCAUCAACACUUUGAUCCUCAAGACCAAAGGAAGUGCCGCGCAGGAUCUGAUCUCCACUUUCUUCAUCCCCAUGGUUUUGCGGAUGGUAAAUGAUGAGAACAAAGGCUGUCGCGAAUUGGCCGGAAUUUUGUUGGGCCAGAUAUUCCGGUCCGCGGAUCCAAGUCGCCUAAAGGAUCUCCUGGAGCCUCUCAAGUCGUGGGCUGCGCAGGACGACAAUCAGGCGUUGCAGAAUGUCAGUUGGCAGGCCUAUAAUGUCCUCUUGGCUUCGGAUGUUGCUCUUGACCGCGAAGAGGUCAGUAAUAUCCGGGACAAUCUAAGCACCAUACUCCAAAGGUCUUUAGCGGAUGAUAACGAUGCCGACGACGAACAAGAGUGGGAAUUAUCCUUCCAGGCCUUGCUUUGCCUGUCGAAACUGGUGGGCACGCAUCCAGAGGUCGUGCUGACUCAAAAGCAGGCGCGACUGUGGUCAGUGGUGUGGAAGUCCUUAAGGCACGCCAAUCCCUGGAUUCAGGGCACCGCUGCGACCCUGACAUGCGACUUCUUCCGACAUUGUGGCGAUGCAGAUCAUUCCAAGCUGCCGUUGACUUGUGACCACGGACUACGUUUCGAUUCGGACAAUUUCUUGCAGACGCUUAGGGCCGCUGUACGCAUCCUGCGCCGGACGGAGCGGAACGAAGACCUCAGCUCGCAGGCUGUGCAGAUACUUCUAUUCCUGGGCCAAUGCAUGAAUGUCAAUGGCUUCACGAUGGACGUCGCAGACAAUUCAGGUGGUGAUGAAGAUGGUGAUGUUGUAGACGAUGAAGCAGCAUCAGAUGAUGAGGAUCAGCCCGCUGCCACGAGGACAAAGAAAAUCUCGGGUUUGCAGUACUUGCUCGACCAACUUGCGCGGAUUCUGAGAGUGGAAAUCUCAUCGCUUUCUUCUGCCGCGCUGCUGCCGAAGAAGUCAGCAUUGGUGCUUCUCUCUAACUUGCUGCCUGCGCUGGCGAUGGAGCAUCUGUCUGGGACCAGAGUACACGAUGUUCUUGCCCCACUUCAGCAUUUGACUGAUCCGAACACCAUCAUGCCGCGGUCCGCGGAUCCGACCUUCGCAGCGACGUAUCAGGAGCUGAUCGAAAUAGCGCACGAAGUUAUGGAGAAGGUGCAGGCUAAACUUGGGGAUAGAGAAUAUACUAGAGUCGUGACGGAGGUCAGUCGCAGCAUGCGCGCGAGGCGAGAGGAAAGGAGGACGAAGAGACGGAUUGAGCGGGUCGCGGAGCCGGAGAGGGCGGCGAGGGAGAAGAAGAGGAAGGGUGAUAGGAAGAAGGAGAGGAAUAGGGAGAUUGCUAAGACGCAUCAACGGAGACGAAAGGAGGUUGGAUGAUGAUGUGUGAUAUUGAGUUAGAUUUCCUGGUCGUAAGAUGCAUAGCGUUGGCGUCUGCCGUGAUUAAUUUCAGAUGCAUUGGAGCCACAU